AUGGAGACAAUCAACAAGGCCCUCCAUCAGCCGAUGCCGUUCACCACCGGCGGCCAGACCAUCUCCGACAGGCUGACUGCUGCGAAGCAUUCGCUGGCGGGCAGUCAACUUGGCAAGACGAUCUGUAAGGCGACGACUGAGGAGUUGAUGGCACCCAAGAAGAAGCAUCUCGACUACUUACUCCACUGCACAAAUGAGCCGAACGUCUCGAUUCCGUCAAUGGCCAAUCUGCUCAUCGAACGAACUCAGGCCCAGAAUUGGACGGUCGUUUACAAGGCCCUCAUCACUAUUCACAACAUCAUGUGUUAUGGAAAUGAGCGCUUCUCCCAAUACCUCGCCUCCUGCAACACUACUUUCAACCUUGGUAGCUUCACCGAUCGAACGCCGUUCCAAGGCCAAGACAUGACACACCAUGUUCGCCGCUACGGCAACUACAUUGGCGAGAAGAUCGCCACGUACCGCAGCUGUGCGUUCGACUUCUGCAAGGUGAAGCGCGGCCGUGAGGAUGGCCUGCUCCGUUGCAUGCACACCGACAAGCUGCUGGCCACGCUGCCCACGCUGCAAAAGCAAAUCGACGCGCUUCUCGAGUUCAACGUCUCAGCCGGCGAGCUGAGCAACGGCGUCAUCAACUGCUCAUUCAUUCUACUGUUCCGUGAUCUCAUUCGUCUUUUUGCGUGCUAUAAUGACGGCAUCAUUAACCUGCUCGAGAAGUAUUUCGACAUGAACAAGAAACAGUGCCGUCAGGCGUUGGACACAUACAAGGGCUUUUUGACGCGACUCGACAAGGUCUCCGAAUUUCUGCGCGUUGCUGAGAGCGUUGGGAUUGAUAAGGGCGAAAUCCCGGACUUGACCCGUGCUCCGGCUUCACUGAUGCAGGCCCUCGAGAGCCAUCUGCACCAUUUGGAAGGAGGCCGUGGCCCCCCUCCCUCUUCCCAACCACCCCCGCAGGUUCAACAGUUCGCCAGCGGUGCCUAUGGAGCUCCGGCUCAGGCAAAUAUGUCCGAUGCGGAUCGGCAGAAGGCGCUCGAACUCGAGAAUGAGCGCUUCAAGCAGUUCCAGCAGCGUCAAGGGGGUGCACCGCAGUCAAACCCGUUUGCGGCUGCCGCGCCUCAGGGGCAGCCGACCAAGCAGGACGACUUGGUGAACUUCUUCGAUGCGCCGGUCCAAGCAAACCCGGCCCUCGACCCCUCCAAUCCGUUUGCCAAUUUCGGCGCCCCAGCGGCUGCCCCCAUGCAACAGCAGCCUGGCGUCUAUCCGACCGUGCGCCCUUCCCAGCCCACCAACGGGAUGCACAACAUGAUGCCCGGCCCCGCGGCGCUCAACUUCUACCCGGCCUUCCCCAACACCACUACGUACCAACCGGCUAGGAGCACCACAAUCACCACUGCGAGCAAUUUUCCCAGCGGCCUCCGAGCUGCCGACCCCGCCACGUUCAACCCGUUUGCCACCAGCGCCGCCGCGUCAGGGGGCGACCAAUGGCCCGGCGCCGACUUUGCGCAGCAGCAGUGGGCCCCGCCACCUGCCAAGGACAUGUCGAUGACGGCGGCGCAGCAGGCCGUCCAGGCGGCUCUUUCGUCAAACGCCAAUCCGUUUGGGGCGGCUGCUCCUCAGGGUGCUGCUCCACCAAACUUCCCGCCGGUGCCGCCCGCACAAAGCGAUGCCCCAGCUCAGCCGCCACGACCACCCUCAAAUCAAUCGAGUGUUGAUUCGGCCCCGGUGACCGUACCCGGCGCCAACCUCGGCAUCUACCAGGACACCCCGUUUUCUGGAAUGGAUGGCAGCUAUAAUGCCCCUCACAUGCUGGAAGCUAUGCAACAGCAUCAGCAAGAUGUGGACCAGGCGAUCAACUCCAUCGCAAGCAUGAACAUUGGCGGCGUCCAGACGGAGAAUAAGCCCGUCCCGUGGCAAGGCCAGCCCGGUCCCGGCCGUCCCGCAGCUCCCGGCUACGGCCAGCCGCAGAUGGGCGCUUUUGGUCAGGCGCCACCAAUGGCCCCGUAUGGCGCCGGAUACCAAGGUUACGGUCACCCACAGAUGUGGCAAAUGCAGCAGCCAGGCAUGUACGGGAUGGGCCAGCAGCCACAGUACGGCAUGAUGCAGCCGCAGAACUUUGCCAACUUCCCUCCGGCCCAGAACAACGGACAGAUGCCACCCAGCACAUCAACUGGCGCCCAGCCGACCAACACGAACCCGUUCGGCAACCCGUUC